AUGCCAAAUCGCAAAACACAUCCUAGGCAAAGUGAGAUGCCAGAUGAGGAAGUAAAUGUAAAUAAUAGAAUUUUUAGUAAAACUAAAGAGUGGAGAGUUAGUAGAUUUAAUGGCUCAGAAGAUAUAACUGAGUAUUUUUGUCAAUUUGAAAUAACCGCAAAAGUAAAUAAGUGGACAUCACAAGAAAAAGCACUAUCCCUUUUGCAUGCACUAGAUGGGAAAGCAAGAGGUGUAUUUCACGAAUUGCCAGAUAUUGACACAGUCACGUAUAACGAGAUUAAAGAGCUGUUGUUUAAACGAUUUGGACCAUCGAACUAUUCAGAAACACACGAGUAUAGUUUAUCGCAGCUUAGAUUACAAAAAGAUCAGAACAUUCGAGAUGUGUCCCAGGAAGUUAACAGACUGUCAAGGCUAUCCUAUCCAGAGUUAAGUAAUGCCAUGAGAGAAAAGUUUGCAGUAAAACAUUUAAUUAAUGCCAUUGGUAAUAAAGAUAUCAUGUUUUAUGUAAAGGACAAAGAACCAAGAACAUUAGAUGAAGUAUGUCAACUAUAUGAAAAAUAUAAAAUUUUAUCAGACGAUGGCAAGAGAAGUCAUUCGAGAUCUUUAAUUCAGAUAGUUCAAGAUAAUGACGAGUUUGAUGAUAAGAAAUCCAAUGUUGUUAAACAGGAUGAUCCAAUUACAAAUAUGAAUAACAAAAUAGAAAAAUUGUUCAGCAUGAUUGAUGAGAUUAAACGAGAUAAACUAAGUUGCAAUAAUAAAAAUGGCAGUAGAAAAGCGAAUAAUAAAGCAGUUUACGAGUGUUGUGGUUCAAAUAUUUUCUUGUUCUUAGGACUAUCCCUAAAUUGA